AUGGCAGGCGAGAGACAUCAGAAGCAGUUCUUAAUUCUUGAUUGAAAGAAAUGAUAUAUUUUGCUUCGUAAGAUGAAACAAAUGUCUAAAAUAUACUUGGUUUGUACAAAAAAUAGCUUGUAGAUAUAUAUUCAGCGUAAAUACAACAUGAGCGAACUUACACCAGACGAAAUUAGAAGACGGCGAUUGGCAAGAUUAGGUAGUCAGCCUAAUCCAUCCCCACAACAAGAUGGUGCCUCACGAUCUCAGACUCAAAGUCAAGGGCAGUCUCAAAGUCAAUCACCUGGAGCCAGUGGUGGUAGUCAAGGAGUAUCCAUGGAAACCCAGCCAACCAGAACCCCACCUAGUAGCUUGAGUGUGGAUCCAGUAGCUCCAUCCAGCAUGGAUAUUGAUUCAGAAUGUUCUGAGAAAAACUUCCAGUCACAAAUGGAUGUUGAUUCUGGCAUAGAAAACCCCAUGGAAGUUGAUGAUACGGAGAUGAAAUAUGAUGUGAAAAGGAAAAGGGAUACCAGUAUUGGAUCAGAGGCUACCAAGGAACAGAUGCUGUCAACCAUCAGUCGAACCUUCUUGGUUUCUUGGAAAGAGGCAAACCCUGAAACAUUAUUUGUCCCUGACAUCAGCUGUUGUGUGGAGGAGAAUGAUGACAUUGAUUACAAAGAUCUCGUCAACAAUGUUGUAAUCGAGGUCCUAUUGAAGAUAAAAGACUGUAAAGACAAUCCGGUUCUCAGACUCCGCCCACCUGUGGAGACCUCUGUGUCGCCACGCAAACACGGCUCUAGUCCAAAAGGAGCACUAAAGUUGGGUGCAGCUCCUCUACCUAAACGAGAAUUCUCUCCUAAAUACCCGUCCGAGAAAAUUAAGGAGGUAGACAUGAUUAAUUACCUCCUAGACUGCUAUGAACGGGCUGGUAUAGAGGAAAGGACCGCACCUAUAAAGGCGAGUAUCCCGCCAAUGAGUGUAAUGUUGUCAGCGACAAGGAACCAGUGUGUAUGUCAUACAGUCCUGGUUCUUCAGGGAGUGCUCACACAGCCCAGAUCUAUAGGUGGAAUGUCCAUACUCCUACCCUACCUUCUUUCACACAACCUGCCGAGAGGUUUCCUGUCCGAACUGGUUCAGACAACUUACCAUGACAAAAAUACAUUCAAUAUGGUCUUUGGCCCUGUGAUACAGAGUUUGACGCGGUUGAUACAUACAUUAUCACUAGAUAAUGAAGAUUACCGAGAUCCACUCACAGUGCUGUCGGAGUUAUGUGAAGUAAAGAGUGGCAAUUCUAGGCCUAUAUGUUCACUGAUUGUCCAGCAGCCUAACUGGAUACCUGAGGCACUGUCACAAGCCUCAGGCAUGGAGUUGGAGAAGCUCACUUUGCUGGGACCAUUUUUAGGCCUGUCAGUGUUUGCUGAGGAUAAUACUAAGGUUGUGGAGAAGUACUUUUCAGGGCAUCAACUUACACCAGAAAACACUCGACUAAUUCACCAGUCAUUACAACAUGGAAUGGAAUAUGUGCGGAGUGAACUAUUUAAAGUCUUUCACAACAUCCUCCUCAAUUCAGAGAGUAGGGAUGCGGCUCUUAACUUUAUGGCCACAGCUUUAUCCAGAAAUCUCAAGAAAUCACAAAUCCAGGUUGAUGAGCGACUGGUAUCUGGAGAUGGCUUUAUGUUGAAUCUGCUGUAUAUACUUCAAAAAUUAUCAAAGAAAAUCAAUUUAGAUAAAGUUGAUGUUUACUACUUAUUUCAUCCCAAUGCCAGAGUCAGUAUAAAGUCAGAGACCAGACUGCGAGCUCUUCCUGAUGAUGCUGAUAAAUGGGCUCAAAGUCUUCAAUCUCAAAAGACCCCACCAUGGCAAGAACCAAAAUUUCCCACGGAAUGUUUCUUCCUCACGCUCCACUGUCACCAUCUGUCCAUCAUACCUGUCUCCCGUCGCUACCAGAGACGGCUCCGUGCAAUACGAGAUCUCAACCGCAUGGUAGAGGAGAUGGAGGCAGCAGAGCCUCAAUGGUCUCUCCUUCCUAAUGCCUCAAGAAACAAAGAGCUCCUCAAAAAGUGGAAGUCCCAGGCACAAAGACUACAGAAGAGUAAGCUGUGUGCCGAUGCGGCAGUGUUGGACGAGAGUCUAUUGAUGCAUUGCCUGGAAUUCUAUAGUACUCUAGCAGACUACAUACUUAAAGCCAUGGAUCCCAAGAAUAGGGGAAUGACACUGCCACUACCAGAUGACAUUCCAAUGCAGUUUUCAGCACUACCCGACUUUUACCUGGAGGACAUAGCCGAUUUCCUUCUGUUUGCCCUUCAGUUUGUGCCGCAGAUAUUUGAUGAUCCGUGCUCCGACCGCAUCAUCCAUGUCUUGGUAGUUCUGAUCUGUAGUAGUACCCGCUACAUCAACAACCCCUAUCUCACUGCCAAGCUCGUCGAGGUCAUCUUCGUCAUGAAUCCAGCGAUUCAACAGCAGACUGCUAACCUUCACACUCGACUCCUCAUGCACCCACUAGCCCUCCAGCAUCUAGUGCCUGCUCUCAUGACCUUCUAUACAGAAAUUGAGACGACAGGGGCAAGCAGUGAGUUUUAUGACAAGUUUACAAUUCGUUACCAUCUCAGCAUCAUCUUCAAAGCCAUGUGGAGCAUUCCAAGUCAUCAGCUGAGGAUGAUUGAUGAGGCCAGGAAUGGUAAACAUUUUGUGAAGUUUGUAAACAUGCUGAUGAAUGAUACAACAUUCCUGCUGGACGAGAGUAUGGACUGUUUGAAGAGGAUCCAUGAAGUCCAAGAAGACAUGGAAAAUGCAGUGGAAUGGGCCAAACAACCAAAAGAGGAACAACAAUCUCGACAGCGACAGUUGGCCAUGGAUGAGCGACAAUGUCGCUCCUAUCUCACAUUAGCUACAGAAACCGUGGACAUGUUCCACUACCUGACAAAGAAGAUUAAGGAGCCUUUCCUCACACUGGAACUAGCUGACCGAUUAGCUGCAAUGUUGAAUUUCAACCUUCAGCAACUCUGUGGAUCAAAAUGUAAAAACCUGAAAGUAAAGAAUCCAGAUAAAUAUGGUUGGGUACCACGUAAGUUGCUGAACACACUCACCGACAUUUAUCUACACCUAGACUGUGAAGCCUUUGCCAAAGCCAUAGCGGAUGAUGAGAGAUCUUACCGUAAAGAGCUAUUUGAUGAUGCCAUUGCUCGGAUGACACGGGCCAACAUCAAAACUCAUAAUGAGAUCGAGAGGUUCGGGUCACUGCAGAGUAAAAUUGAUGAACUAGUCAAGAAAAAGAGAGAGGCAGAAAUUGAUUAUGGUGAUAUACCUGAUGAAUUCAAAGAUCCCCUAAUGGACACACUGAUGGUAGACCCUGUGAUAUUGCCAAGCGGUGCCAUAAUGGAGCGAGGGAUCAUUAUGAGACAUCUCCUCAACUCUCAGACUGAUCCAUUCAACCGUCAGCCUCUUACUGAAGAACAGCUCCUGCCUGCCACUGAAAUGAAGGAAAAGAUUACCAAAUGGACUCGACAAAGACGGCCUUAGUAUUGAACAAAGACCUCCUGUAGGCCACUAACCACUGAACCUCAGGAAAUGCCGUAUAAAGAUGAAUUUGGACUGUUCAGCACCAAGAAUAGUGUGCCCUGUAAACAAGUCAAGUGACACAUGUGGAACAAGUCAUGUGACACAUGUGUAAAAAGUGUCAUUUGACACAUGUGUAACAAGUCAUAUGAUACAUGUGUAACAAGAGUCAAGUGACGCAUGUGUAACAAGUCAUGUGACACAUGUGUAACAAGAGUCAUGUGACACAUUUGUAACAAGAGUCAAGUGACACAUGUGUAACAAGUCAUGUGACACAUGUGUAACAAGUGUCAUUUGACACAUGUGUAACAAGUCAUGUGACACAUGUGUAAAAAGUGUCAUGUGACACAUGUGUAACAAGUCACGUGACACAUGUGUAACAAGAGUCAUGUGACACAUUUGUAACAAGAGUCAAGUGACACAUGUGUAACAAGUCAUGUGACACAUGUGUAAAAAGUGUCAUUUGACACAUGUGUAACAAGUCAUGUGACACAUGUGUAAAAAGUGUCAUGUGACACAUGUGUAACAAGUCACGUGACACAUGUGUAACAAGAGUCAUGUGACACAUUUGUAACAAGAGUCAUGUGACACAUGUGUAACUAGAGUCAUGUGACCCAUGGAUAACAAAGAGUCAUGUGACGUAUGAGUAACAAGAGCCUUGUAACCCAUGUGUAACAAAAAGUUAUGUGACCUGAGGGUAAGAAGAGUUACUUUUGGAAUAUAAAACCUUUGUGAUUUGUUAACAAGUCAUGUGACCUGUUGAAAAUAGGAAUCAUGUGACCUGUUGGAAAUAGAAAUCAUG